AUGGGGCGGCAGGCUGCGUCCACCCAGGCAUUUGCACAUGAGGAGGAGGGGGUCGUUACUUUGUGGUAUAGAGCUCCUGAAGUUUUGCUUCAGUCCAGCUAUGCAACACCAGUUGAUCUUUGGAGUGUUGGCUGCAUAUUUGCAGAAAUGUUCCGUCGAAAACCACUCUUCCGUGGAAAUUCAGAUGUUGAUCAGCUAGGAAAAAUCUUUGAUGUAAUUGGACUCCCAGAAGAAGAGGACUGGCCUAAUGAUGUUGCCCUUCCAAGAAAUGCUUUCACUUCCAGACCCGCACAACCUAUUGAAAAAUUUGUACCAGAUAUCGAUGAACUGGGCAAAGACUUGCUUCUUAAAUGCUUAGCAUUCAAUCCAGCCAAGAGAAUAUCUGCCUAUGUUGCCCUCUCUCACCCAUAUUUCCAUGAUCUGGAGAAAUGCAAGGAGAAUCUGGACUCUCACAUGUCAUCCAGCCAAAACUCCAGUGAGGUGAAUGCAUCAUAAUGCUGACUGAAGAUGAACCACAAAUGAACAAGACGUGUAGCUGACAAGGCCACUGUCCCUUACAAACCACAUAGCUGUUCUAGUGAAGAUCAUUAUUUGGAGGUUUUAUGCACUUAUCUCUUAUUUGGGGAUUGUGAUGUGCUUAUCCAAGGAAAUCAAUCUAGUUUACUUUCAUCAGAGCAACGCAAGGGCCAUGGCUUUGACCUGCUCCCAUUGCAGCUUUAUGUUUGUUUUGGUUUUGUUUUGUUUAUCUACCUGGUAAAACUCCAGACGAAGAGAAGCUGCUGACCGGUUUUGCUGCCAUUUUAUCCUUUUAAUAUUGAAUGCUGCCAGUGUGGAGUAGGAUGAUCGAGUCACUGUCAAAACAUGAUGCAAUCUCUCUCUCUAGCUGCUGAAGCAUGAUUUGGUACUUUUUUUAUUAUUAUGAUGUGAUCUGUUACAGUGAUAUUUAAAGAAUGGCAUUGAAAUAUCAGAUCUCAGCAACCUGCAGUUAACUGAUAUAUGCAUUAAUACAUCCAGCUACUGUUCAUUCAUGGCAUAUAUGCAGGUGCUUCCCCACUUGAAAACUUGGAUGGAUUAUCAUUGCAUUGCUCUAUAAAAAUAACAGUGAUGAUGGUGAUCAUAAUAAAUGUCUCGAUUUUUAGGUUUUUUCAGACACAAACGAGUUAUUAUCUAGCUACGUUUGUGUGCAUGUUGCAAAAAACAAAUGUUUUGAAAAACUUCGAGUCCUGUUCUUAAAGACUCUUUCCGUUUCCAAAUGGUCAGCUUGUGUUGAAAUCCAGGCACAUUCCAGCCUAUCAUCUAACCCAUCAUUCCCCCCUGGAAACAGCUGCAAGCACAUUUUCAUUAUCUCAUUCCAAAUUUUCUGAUAU